AUGUUCGGCGCCCCACAGCGUCGAAAGCAUGAGACACCUGAAGAGCAACAAACGAGAUCCCAAGGUGACUUCGAUCGUGUAGAGACCGACCUCGCCCAUGUCCCUUCUUUACGUUUGACCCCGCUCUUAGGAAUUAUAGCAUCGUUCCUGGGUAAAGGAAAUCCUCUCAUCCAGCCCGCAAACCCUCAGCAACACAGAGUAUGGCUCCUCGAUAACACCGCCUACCGCGCACCUGGGGGCAGAUUCCACGACAAUCAAACAUGGCAAGUCGAGAUAGUUGCAUGCAUCUUUAUUAAGCGGGGCCGUGAAGAAGUUGGCAAGUUCGUCGCAACCAUCGCAGACGCCAUCGGACUGGAUGGGGAUAUUGGUCUGAACAACCGGGAAACCAGAGACCGCAUGGCUGAGCGGGUGCAACCUUUUGUCGAUUCAAUCGCUCCAGGCCGCUCCAUAAGUCUGGAUAUACCCAUUACGCGCCAUACAGUCAUCAAACGCAAGCUAAACCCAUCCGACAAAAACGGUAUCAUUUCGCAGGUAGUCCGGAUAGGCGGGACAGAUGUCCCCAACGGCACAAUAAUCCACCCAUCCCUCCGACACUGGAGCCAUAAUGUAUCCAUGGAAACCGAAUUCGCUUCUCCGACGGGCUGGCUGAUAAUUUCAGACGUCGACGACACGAUCAAAUACACCCAGACCUGCAACGCAGUGGGCAUCCUGCGCACAACAUUCGCCGAAAUCCCACAGCCCAUCGCCGGCAUGCCCACUCUGUAUUCGCACAUCGACAAAUCCCUCACGCCAACAUGGUUCUACCUCUCCGCCUCGCCAUACAAUCUGUACCCAUUCCUCCGCACAUUCCUCCGCCAAGUGUACCCACCAGGCACCCUCAUCCUGCGUAACAGUUCAUGGAUGGAUAUGAGUGGGCUGCUCAAGUCAUUCACUCAGGGGACGGAGACUUAUAAAGUCGAGCGCAUGGAGAAGCUGUACCGCUGGUUCCCGAAACGCAAGGUCGUUUGCAUUGGGGACUCGACACAGAGUGACCCGGAGGCGUAUGGAGAGAUAUAUCGCCGGCAUAAGCACUGGGUUCGGGCUAUAUUUAUACGGAAAGUGACGGAUGUGGUGAAUAUGGAGGAUAAGAAUAAGGAUAAGCGCUUUGUUAAGGCGUUUGAGGGCGUGCCGGAGAGCGUGUGGAGAGUGUUUGAGGAUACGGAGGAUCUUUAUCGGGAGGUUGAUUUGUUAAGGCAGGAUGAGAAUCCGAAUUAUUAA